AGGUCCUCUCGCGAUUGUUUGGGGAUCCUAUAUAGGAUACGGAAGUGGUUAUGCCGCGAUGGGGUCCUGUGGUAUGAUAUUGUUCCUAGUUCUCCGUCGUUCCAUGCUCCACGCUCUCGGCUUCACCUACCAAGAUCUCUUGCCUCUCCAUCGCGGAAUGGGCUUCGCGUUCAUUUUUUGGUCCGUCGUACACACCAUUGGAUACAUGGUCCACAUCAUCGCGGAAGAUGCCCUAGCUGAGGAGAUUAACUUUGAUGGCGAGACUCGAGGACCUCAAAACAUUCUCGGCUUUGUCGCCUUGGCUGCGGUCAUCGCGCUAGGAAUUCUUUCGAUCCCAUAUAUCCGUCGUCGGUUCUACGUCGUUUUCCUGGUCACGCAUCGCUACUUGACGGUCAUCACAUUUGCAGGCACACUCAUGCAUUACCCAUACUUCAUGACCUGGUAUUACGUUAUCCCCUCGAUGUGUCUUUUCCUUGCGGAUCGAUUCGUCCCCAAGAUUAUACAGUCAUUCUCGGUAGCCCCCGAGGUAAUCUGCACAUUCAACAACGAGACCGAUAUUUUGACCAUCGUGAUCACCUCCAGAAGUCGACUCGAGCCAUUGAAGCCGUAUUAUCCUGGCGAUUAUAUCAGUCUUCAGUUGAGGUCACUCAGCGAGAUCUACCAUCCCUUCACGAUCGCUUCCUACUGGGCUGAGGACCCAUACUCAAUGACGCUCUACAUCAGGACGUUUGGUGAGCACAGGAACAGCUGGACGCAUGCUGUAUCAGGUCUCUGUGGCAAGGGCGGCGAGCCAGUCAUGCUUCCCAUGAAUGUUGAGGGUGUCUUUGGAGACCGCCGCCAUGACUAUCUUUGCUCGGAUGUCGUAGUGCUCUACGCCGCGGGAGCUGCUAUUACAACAUUCAUGCCGCUGAUCAAAUCCAUCGCCGCGCAAAUCGACGCCAAGUCUGCGUCCUCUGAGCCUCAAAGCACCAUCAAGGUCUACCUUAUUUGCACGUUCCGCUACGAGAGCGAGCUCUAUGCCUACGGCGAUUUCCUACACCAGAUCACGCACGACUCCCGAUUCACAUCUUGGUUGUGGGCCGACAUCUAUGUCUCUCGCCCCUCAAAGUCUCUCCUGCAUGCCAUCACCGCCGAUGCUGAGCCUGCUUUUGGCGGCGAUGAAAAGAUCAUGGCCAAGGCAUCCGCCAAUUCCAACACAGAUGUCGACGCGGAAAUCAUAUCGAUCGAGCCUGUUCAACUGGAUGCACACGGCCGUGACAUCUCAAUUGCCGCCAUUGUCGUAUCCAAGAAUGAACAUAGUAACAGCAGCGAGCGAUAUGUCGACCGAUCUCUGCCGACAUUCCUCGCCUCCGACUCUGCGACUGUCUCCACGAUCCAUGCCAGACGCGAUCUGCUCAUCACCGCCGCCAUACUUUUGAUUCCAUUUGGCGCAUUUAUUGGCCUUCGAUACGCAGGCUUGGAGGGCACGUGGGAUGGUGAGUCGCGCUGGUGCAGGACGACGCAGAUCUACGAUCAAAACAUGACUAACAAGUGCAUGUGGAACUAUACCAUGACCCCCGGCGUCCUGCAUAUUGUUGCGGCCUCGAUCAUUGGUUAUCUGCUCAUCUUUGUCGCACGGUGGUCCUCUCGACGCGAUACCAAGAGCAACAUGGAAAGUGUGGACGAUCAGGCCAAGUACAUAAGAUCUGUGCUGGCAAGCCAACUGACCAUCCCCGAUGGCAGCAUUCGAUUCAAGCCCAUACGUCUGGAUGUGGAAAAGUCAAUCCAAGAGCUGGUUGCACACCAGGUUGGAAUGAGUUCUGACAAGAAGAAUGGAAAAACCACCGCAGUCAUUGUGGGAGGACCCGAUAGUUUCUUAGAUGCCGUCGAGCAAGGUUCCAAGAAGGCAGCAUGGUCUGUGGAAUUCCACCGCGAGACUUGGUCGCCUUAGAAAAAAUUAAUUCCAUCAUUAGUACCGUCAACAGCAGCGAAGAGCUCCAAUACGUUUCUUACUGGCGUUUUAAUAAACAAGCAUAAAACAUUGAUAUGUUCUGCUUCAAUCAAUUGAACCAAUCUGAGAGUGUGACUAACGAGCACUUGG